AUGCCUGGCGGAUCUAUCUUGAUUUAUCUGAUGAGGCGAGACCUCAGAACCGCCGACAACCCCAUCUUGUACAAGUUAUCCAGUACCGAGCAUGGUUUCACCCACCUGCUGCCAGUUUAUAUCCUGCCGCCCGAUCAGAUUGAAGUUUCUGGUCUCGUCAAAGAUGGCAAAAUGAGCCCAUACCCCCCCGCCAGGUAUGAUCUCUCGCAGCGUUGGAAGUGCGGCCAUCUCCGCGCAAAAUAUAUCGCAGAGUCCCUCUGGGACUUGAAGAGAAAUCUGGAGAAUCUGGGAAGCGGACUUGUCAUCCGUGUUGGUAGUUUUGACGAUAUUCUAAACGGCAUGAUCCAGCACUACGCCGCCAAUCAACAUGGCCCCCAGGUUACGGCUGUGUGGAUGACGGAGGACUAUGCGCCCGACCAACGGAGGGAGGAGCAAGCUGUGUCUGCAAUAUGUGAGGCACGCGGUAUCAGAUUCGAUCGCCUUCUCCAACUACCCGAGCCCAAGACUAGUAUCGACUGCUUGCCUGAUGCCUUUCAUCUCUUCUGGCGAGCCCUGAAUACCGAAGCUGAAAAACCUCUCGAUCCUUUCCCUGUCCCUGCACGCUUUUCUCUGCCUUCUUUCCCGGAUCACGCAUCGCUUCCUCCCCAAGAAUCCCCAUUUGAGAUUCCCGGUACACUCGAGGAACUCAUUCAGAAGAUGCAGAGUCCUGUGCACCUCCCGAUGGUCCAUCUGGAUAGACCCGAGCUUCGUGAUACUGCAAUACCGCAAGCGUUACUCGGUGGGGAAACACGUGGCCAGCAGCGAGUUGGCUACAUCAUCAAGAAAGGGAUUGUAUCGUCUUAUCAUCUCUUGUCGGACGAUGUCCAUGUGGGCGAUGCCUAUCACGGCCUUCUCUCCUAUCUAAGCCUUGGAUGCAUUACGGCGCGGCAAGUCCACCAAGAGCUUUUGAAGCUCGAAUGCGGCACGGACCCUGGUUUGGCUCAAACUCUGGGUUUCGGUAGAGGCUGUAGCGCUGGAACAGAAAGCAUCCGAUACCAUCUACUGGUGUUGAACUUUAUUCGCCUUAGCAUCGUCAAGCAUGGCAGCGAGUUGUAUAACCUCGAGGGUGCUGGGAUGGGCAAAAACCCACUCAAGACGUGGAAGUCAUCAGUCAUCCGAGACCUUGAUAGACCGGGUCAAGCUGUCGACAAUGUCGUCAGCAUGACCCAGUUCCUGAUGGGACUCACGGGCUUUGGCCUCGUCGACGCCAUUAUGCGACAGCUUUACAUUACAGGCCAAGUAACCGCUCGUGGUGAAGAGAUUGCAAUAGGUUUCUUCGCCUUGUAUGCGGGCUUCGACUGGCGCUACGGCGCAGAGUACGUGUCGUCGCUGUCCACUGUCCACGAUCCAUUUUUUUACUUCUAUAGCUCGCAAAACUAUGCGGGUGUUGGCCCCAGCUGUGAGGCCAAAGAUUCUAAUAUCUCUCUCGCCGAAAUAUCCCAGCAAGUCGACCCCGACGGCACCUUCAUUCGGGUGUGGAUGCCAGAGCUGCGAAACUUCCCGAGAACGAAGAACGUUUAUCGAGUGAGCACCACCGCAUCUUCGCUGUUGCAGCGGUAUAGACUGGCAUCCAGCAUCAUGGUAACUCAUGAAGUGCCAUCCGCUGCGGAAACUGGCCCUUUCACGGAGACCACCAAUGCGAGGAGAGAUCCGAUAGAGAAUAUUGCGGCUUUAGCUCGAAGAGAGGAUAGAUCUAUUCCAACGGAGUCUAUCAGAGGGCCCGGCGGGCUCGAAGAACUUGGGCCCAGACUCGGGUUUGGAGAUCGAAUUCAUCUUGAGGCGCCACUCGGGCUUGAAGAGCCAAACGAACUGCCUCAAGGACCACCUCCUAGCUCACGGGGCCCAUCUUUACCUUCUCGUUCGGGCCGUGGCGCGGCUAAGGCCCAGGUGGCUUCGACGACGGGUACACCUGCGCCACCAGCAGAAGCAACUGUCCGUUGGAACAGCAUGGCUCUUGAACAGAUCAAUCCGUUGGCCCUUCAUCCAGUAACGGCGCCGCCUCCUCCAGUACGGCUUCCACAGAUACUUCCAACUCAGUAUUCAUUUCGUCCAGUGCAUAUGUCGGUCUCCCAGCUAAGCAAUCAAAGCUACUAUACAACUUCGUUACCACCCCUACGUCCACAAUCUCGACUUUCUCUUCUGCCAGCUCCUGUUGAUGCAUACUUUCCGCCAUAUCGGCAGCAGACCCUAAGUGGGCGUUCGAGUCCAGCUCGUCAAUUGCCCUUUCUACCAGCAGCGCCAUCGCCGCCGCCGCCGCCAACUCUAUCUUCUGCAGUUCCCCACCUCUCCAAUACACCUCAGGUUCCACUCCCACAAGAGGAUACUCCGAGAGCUUCUAUUGAAGAUCAUCUGCCCCCGGCGACUAUGGUCCCACUUCGCCGAAGUCCUCGCAGGCUUCGACCAAGAAUUGCUGUGAUACCACAUCCGGCACUUGCAGGGUUUCUACCCGUUGUUGCCGAGCCGGAAAUUAUACGGUAUUAUACAGGACAGUUGAGGCAAACCAGGUUUCGGGGGAGUUCGAAUUAUACGUUUAUUGAUCUCCCUUUCCUCGACAGCAACCGGAUACAUAUUAUACCUUGUCCUCGUGGAGUUGUGCCGCUCCGAGGCGAUCCUGACCUUGGCAUCUUCCGCGAACCACUUGCUUCUGUCCCGGAGGAUGUUGAUUUGGAAGCCCUCGAUGAGCUCAUAGACGAGGUAGAUGACGAUGAAGUUGCUGUUCACGGUCCUCGUAUUUGGCAUAGCCGUAGAGGCUCGCUAAAUUUGCGCCCCUAUCGUGGGCGGCGUCAACCUUCUCGGUUCAACUCUCGUUAUCGUUGA